AUGGCCGACCCGCCGCUCGCCCUCACCUACGUCGCCCCGGCCCUCAACCUCCCGCCCUGGCUCAGCUACACCUCGUCGCCGACCGCGACCAUCCUCGCCGCCUACACGGUCGCGACCCUCGCCGCAGACGGUGUUCCGACCCUCAUCACCGGCGCCGUCGAGAUCACACGCUACGAGACGGUCCUCCUCCAGCUGGCCAUCACGGUCGACUCGGCGGCCGACGUUCGAGGGCAGGACCUCGGCGACCUGUACACGACGGCCGGCGGCACCGAGACCGAGACCGUCGUCAACGAGUACGGCGGCACGAGGCGCUUCACCCUCGGCGCGGGCGAGACGUCGGCCGCCGCCGCACCGACCUCGCCGAGCGCGACCGCUACGCCCUCUCGCGCCAGUGCCACGACCUCGCCGGCUGUCGCCCUCAACCGCCUCAAGACCGACAUCUUCAGCACCGUCAGCUACGACAAGCUCAAAGGCGGCGCCGGAAGAUGCCCUUUCAUCCGCCAAGCAAGCUCAAGCGUCUUUAUCGUCGGCGUUGGCGUCUGCAACGAGGGCGUCGUCGCUGGACCCGCAAGCCGUCUCGAGCCUGUCGAGCGCUUUGGCCUCGGCCUCGUCUGCCUUUCAGCGACCUCGUCCGCCGCAACGCCGACGACCAACCUCGUGUCGAGCUCUUCGCCCUCCUCGAUCACCCCUUCUUCGUCCUCUCCCGUCGACUCGACCAACGCCUCCUCCUCCUCUCUUCCCUCUUCUGCGGCCGACGCUUCCGCCGCACGUUCCGGGUCCCUCACGGGCUCGCAACUCGCCGCCGCCAUCGCCGCCCCGAUCUGCUUCUUCUUCCUCGUCAUCGCCCUCCUCCUCCUCUGCUGCUGCUGCGCCCGACGGCGUCGCCGACGACGGGCAGAUCGUGGUCUCGCCGAGGAGCACGGCCUGUUGGGCGGUGCUGGCGCGGGCGCUGGUGGCGGCGGCCGCCACGGCUCGCCGAGCGGCAUCAUGUGGGAAUGGGUGCCGCACCGGCGCCCGUCCGAGCCGAAUGGGCGCACCUCGCGAGCGAGCAUCCGCAGCGUCCUCUCGCGAGCGACGGGCGGGCUCCUCGGGGGCGCGGCGGGCAGGUCGACGCGGUCGGGCUCCACGCCCGGGAGCAGCCCUCGAGACGCUCGCGAGCGAGGCUUCCUCGCCUCCUCGGGCGGCAACGCCACGUCCGAAGAGCGUGCAGCUCUCGGGCCUGGGCAGUACGGGCCGGCGGGCGAGGCCGACGUGGCAGAGGGUGUCGGCCCGUCGACGCCGCUCCUCGGCGUCGAGUCGCCCGAGCGCAGCUCGCCAGAAGAGCCGUCGCGGUCCCCUCGCGUCCAUUACCUCGACUUUAACGCCCGUCCGACGGUCGCCGUGCCGUUCGAGGACGUCGAUCUCGCCUCGCCUCGACCCGACGCCGCGGGCAGCUUUGGCUCGCCGCCGCGCGAGAUGCAGCAGACGAGGACCCGCCCUGUCGCCCUUCCUCUCCUCCCACCCAUACCCUCGACCAACGGCGCUCUUCGCCUCUCGACCCUGUACGACCCACCCGUCAUCACGCACCUACCGCCGUCGCCCUCGUCGUACGAGCCGCCUCCUCUCGGCGCGCCUCGCCGCCUCGACGUCUCGAGCGGCGACCUGGACGACGUGAGCAGCAUGAGCGACGGGCACAAGCGCGACACGCGGCUCGGCUACCUGAGCUGGACGCAGGGCGGUGGCGGCGAGUCGGACAACGAGCGCGCCGUGUCCGGGUACGGCCCCGAGCUCACGCCGCCGCAGACGCCCGAGGACGAGGAGCCCGGGCUUCGUGUGGGCGGUGACGACGACGACGACUCGCUCGACGGCGGACCGAUGCUGUCGACGCGGCCGGGCGCCUUGAGAAGGAGCUUCAGCUCGGAGCUGAGCGAGACGGGCGUUCCGGACAGCGCUCUCUUCCUCAACGACCCUCGCUGGACCGGCGCCCGACAACCUUCCCCGCCGCCCUUUUCCUCGUUCGAGCCGACCGCCACCUCGUCCAUCUCGUACGACCCGCCCAUCUUCAUCCAUCGUCAGGCGCCGCACGAUGUCGAGGUCGGUCUGCGCCCCCAAUCCCAUCCUCGGCACAGCGCCACGUCGGGCACGACCGACUCGCUGUCGAGAUACGACGACGGGUCGUCACUUGCGCCGUCGGCCUUCCCCCUCGACUCGCCCCUCGUCUACCCGUCGCCUCGGUUCGGCGUCCCGCACUUGGCCUCGGCCUCGGCGGUAUCGGCGUCGCGCAACCGCACGGUCGGGCGCGAGCGCAGCGUCGAGAGCGGCCUGAGCCUCGAGCGCAUCGCGGCGAGCUUCGGCAGCGUCAAGGACGGGCUGGGAUCGGGCCUCGGGUUCGACUUUGGCGGCGAGGGCGGCGGGAGCCGGCGCAGUGUUGGGCGGAACAGGGAGAUCUCGACCGAGUCGAUGACGGACCCCUUCCAGCACCCGUACUCGUCCUUCCAGCGGCGACUUCCCUCGCUCCCUUCUCCCGCCAAUACGCCACCCCGGCACCCUCUCCACAGCCGCUCGUCCCAGUCGCUCCGUCGACCGCACUCGCAGCCCUCCCUCAUCUUCCAGUCGAUCCCGGAGACGUCGCCGGAGCAAGGCGCGGCGACGGCGGCGGCCGUUCGACGGUACGUCGACCCGUACGCAGACGGCGAAGAGAGCCUCCUCGACGCAGACGAGUACGGUGGAGGGUACGGCGAUGCGUAUGUCGGAGGAGCGAAGCGGUGGAUGGGCGUGUCGAGCCGGGUCAGCGUCGAGGAGUGA